UCGCUUCGUUGCGAUGAUGGUCGAUUGAACGGCGGUGUCAGCAGAUUCGUUCGUAGUAGGCUAGAACGCGUCAAGGGAAACAGCCAGCAAAGAGUGUUUCGGUCAGUGUUGAACAUGGCGCGGGUUAUACCAUUAUGAUCAUCAUCGCCUGCUCUGCCACCCCAAAAAGUCAGUGUUGAAGUCCUCGGUACAUGUUUUCAUCUUCUUGCUGUUGUUCGUUCGUUCUUACCGCCAUCAUCGUCGUCGUCGGGUUGUGUUCUGCUGUUGGCUGCUGCCAGCCACUGCUGCUCAUAUGGUGAUGUGUUUUUUUUCUACUGCUCGCGCGGGAUGAAAAUGUGUGCCGCGCGGCAUCUCUUCUCUAAGUUGUAGGGCUUAAUACUAGAUGCUUCGGAGGAAACCAGGCAUUUCGUGUUAGAACGCUGACUAAUGUAAACGUGCUGACUGUGCGCAGAAGUGUGUUACUGGGUAUAGUGUUACUGUGCAGCAAAUUGCUGGUGGCCUCAAAGUGUAGUUAGGGGAUAUCCGCGCGCGCGCCUGUUCAACCCACUCGCUACCCCCACCGCACCCAGAGUCGAGGCAAGCACCCGUAUCAAGAAGGGAUCACACGAAUGCAACUCGGUUCGGUCGGUGGUAAUUGAUGGCGAAGAGUUCCAAGUGCCGUGGUGUAUUCAUUCCAUAUAUUUUUCUCUCUCUAAUGAUCCAAUUACCCAUAACGUGGAAUUAGCGUGUUUGGAUGAAUCGACGCCAGUGUGACGAGUUGAUUGAAAACACAUUCGAUUCACAGCCGCCUCGGGUGAAGAAGAGUCUUGAUGUUGUGCAGUGAAGCGCGCACCAGUUUUGUGGUGAUCAAUGAAAAGGGCGUGACUAUCACGCGCGCACACAUGUGACGAGCGGUGGUCAAAGAGUGUUCCCUAUUGGAAUUUUUCGGUCGAUUUUAUUACUUUUUAUUAGAGUCGAGUAAGUGCAUUUUCAACAGGGUGUCGACGUUUUGGUGAUCCCACCGAAGAAAGGAAGAUUAUCAGGCUAACGAUCGUGGACAGAGAUCAAACAAGGAGCGAAAGCGAAGAAAGAGGCGAAAGACGUACCACAAUUAUUCCAAUUCUUGAAAAAAGGACGGUACCACUCAACAUCUGGCCCCUCGUUGUCGUCACCGUCGCCGUCCUUCUUCUCGCUCCGAUGGCAAUGUGAGUUUUCGAACCCAUAAGCGUGUGUUUUGUGUGUUGGUUGGUUUUGUGCGCUAUUUUUAGAAUGUACUAACUUCAAAAACACUCUUUUGCUUGCUGUGUGUAUAUGUUCUCUUGAGCUGUUGCUGGUGCUGCUGCUGCUGUUGCUGGCUAAUAUACACAUUUAUUGUGACCAUCAUGCAUUAGAGAGACACCCCAACUGAUUGGACGAGUCAGACCAAGAACUGCUGCUUGUGUGUAUCUUGUGUGUGCUAGCCGCAGCGUAUUUUGUUUGAUUAUCUCAGCGACUAUGUUAUCAGCAACUGGGACGCAGCUAAGGAAUAGUGGUGUACGGCCCCGUUGUUAUUAUUGCUUCAACUGCUUCAGAAGGCGAUAGCAGUUUCCAUCAGCACAUUUAAGGCCAUCAUCUCCCUGUCUCUCUCUCUCUUCCACUCUCACUCAACCGCAGCCAAGAAAAAAUAACAAUAACAGACCGACGAAGAACAAAUGCUGGAAUGAAUUGUCAUUGACGCGCCCAAGGAGAACGCCACCGCCAAUCCUGAAAUAUGGAUGCGCCUUCCAUGGUCCAACGUGAAGGCGACAAAUUGAUCGUGCGGCGUGUCGUUAGUGGAGACGAGGUAUUCCUUAAUCAACAGUCCAGUUCGGUGUCACCUUCGCCGGCGUCGAAGGAUCACAGUCAGCAGUCGGUACAAGCAAGCCAAUCUCUUGCCGAUAGUCUAAAACUAUUAUCCGGCGAGGAAGAUUUGAGCAGGUUUGGGCUAAUUCUAGAGGACAGUGCUAGCAAGGGUGGUACCAGUGAACCGGGUGAUAGUGCUGAACAACAGUUGCCCCAGUGUAAAAUCAAACGGAACUACUCGUGCAGUAGUUGUACCUACUUCACGCAGAAUCCCCGGAAAUAUCUGACUCAUUUGCGAGAUGUGCACGGUGAGAAGAUCAUUAUCAACGAGUGCAAAAGGUGUCUGUACGCCUCGCGGCACUAUCAGAAGCUGGUGCGCCACAUGAAGAUGGUACACGGUUCGACGGACGGUAUCAAGACACCGUUUAGUUCACGCAGACGACCGACCUUUCGAAAAGAGUUUAUCAAGAAGAAGUACAGUAUGAACACUAAUCCGACGGCUAGUGACCUGUAUAAUCAGACCAGUGCAGAGUAUAUCAAUCAGCUGAUGAAGUCGGGACUGAGUAAAAUGUUCGAAAGUGCGGGAGGCGGGGGAGGCGAAGGAACUCACGAAAAUUCAAUCUAUUUUCCAGCAAACUUCAAGCACGGUCUUACACUGUCACCGACGGACCCGACGGCGCAACAGUUAUCGCAGCUGAAGGGCUCAUCAAACAUAAAUAUCUUUACUGAUAACGGCAAUACCUCAUCGCUUGGUGGUGCUGGUGAUUCAAGCAGUCAAGUAAACAACGACGUAUUGGCCAUGUUGCAGCACAAUUUGGUGGACAAAAGCCAACAGCUAACGAUAACACCUGCGUUAAGCAACAGUGGCGGCAGUGGAGAUGUGAUGGUGAAACCAAAGAGGAAAGUUCGUCCUAUUCCGGAUCUGAUUCCGUUGCACAGUAUUGGUCGGCUUCAUUUAAGUGGAGAGAUUGGGAAGACGUACCACCUAAACCCGGAGGUUACCAUCAAGAGCCGAGUGAUGGUGCCGACGGACAGUGAUAACAACAACACCGUAGAUGCUGGUACGUCUACAAAGUCACCCUUUAUCAUCGAUGAUGAGAGUCCGAUCAAUCUAACCGCCGAUCAGAAUGGCGAUAAGAGUCUACAGCAUCAAUGUAUUUUCUGUCAAAUCAUGGUCAGGACUACGGACGACUUGGCGCUGCAUCUGCGAACUUUUCACAGCGAGGAAUUGUUUGCGUUACUACUGCAGAAGAAGCCUGAAGAUAGUGGCCAGCCGGAAAUGCAGGUCUACACGGCGGAAAGCUUGACGAUUGAUAUUUGGAAGAGGCUGUUGGAAAACAAUAAAGCGAUUUUGGACGAGCAAGAGGCACGUGAAAAUGAAAGUGAUAUGCAGUCGGGACAGUUCUCAAACGAUGAGGAUGAUGCAGAAACCGUUGAAUCGGCCAUUAGUAAAAAUGAUACUUAUUGCGGAAUUGAGACCGCUCCGGGUUAUGGAGAAGUUACGAAAAAGAUCGUCAUAGAAGAAAACACCAACCAGUCGUGCAUCAUGAAGAAAGUUUUCAAAUGUCCGCACUGUUCGUUCUGGGCUUCCACAGCAUCCCGGUUUCAUGUACAUAUUGUGGGUCAUCUUAACAAGAAACCGUUCGAGUGUUCACUCUGCUCGUACCGUUCCAACUGGCGAUGGGACAUCACUAAGCACAUCCGCUUGAAGACGAUCCGUGAUCCGAGCCAUAAAACCGCAGGUGUGCUGAUGAACGAUGAAACCGGCCGGCGGAACUACACCAAGUACAACCGCUACAUUACGCUGAUGAAGGUCACCGACAACAACUACAAGGAAAGUUCGUCCAGCUCGAAAUCGUUGAUCGACACGAGCCAGGCCGAUUAUCUUGCAAUGUGUAAAUCCGGCGAAAGUCCGACCAGUUUGAACAGUCUGGCCAAAAUGUACUCCAGCGAGGAGCUAGCCCAGGCGUUCAAUUUGGCCAACAUGAACCAAAUGGUUCGCUUCGAACCGGAGAUGCUACAGUCCCUGAUGGGAAUGCCGAAAGGCUUGCCAGCCGAAGACGCUAAGCAGUCGCCGCAGAAGGUGACAUUCAAGUGUAGAAAGUGCAAUUUCAAGAACCCCUUCCGUGAGCUGGUACUGCUGCACGUGAAAUCGACGCAUCUGAACGUGGAUAAGUCCACCAGUGAGGCGGAAAUCGAUCUGCUGACGUGCGAGGAAUCGGAAUCCGGAGAACCGGUGGAAAAUGCUACGGCAAACAGUACGCUUACUGCACCCUCUCCGCUAAGAACACCUUCCUCGCCACUAUCGGUGGUCAGCCCACGAAACGAUAGCGGUAACAUCGGCAACCUGACCGGUGCCUCCACCUCCAGUGCUACCACUACCACACCCAGUGCGGCUUCCGGUGGUUCGACCGGGGGCUUCCACAGUAACAAUUAUACUACUAACGCUACAUUUAUUGGUGUCGGAUUAAACUAUUCUCAAACUGUAGCUAAUGACAAUCGGUUGGGAACUACCUAUACUAUCAGUAAUACUAUCCCUAGUGUCGUGUUUGGUGGUGAGGUGGAUAGAACGAUACAUACUGCUACUAGUGCGACUACCAAAACUACUACUACCAUUUGCGCUAGUUCGGCAUCGGCCAGUACUAGCACUAGCAAUACUACUACUACUCCUCACACUGCUAGUACUACUUCCACUACCACUACUACUACAACGGGUGGCAAGGGCGCGUCCAACACGUGGCGUCCGAGUGCCCCCUAUCGGUGCGGUCAUUGUCAUCAGGUGUCCAAUUGGAAGCAUGUCAUCCAGAGACACUGCCGUUUAAAGCAUAACGGAAACGUACUAAUCGAGAUGGUCAACGCCACGAAACCAUCGCAAAACGUAACUGAUACACGCAAUUUGAAGAAAGUGAGAAAGCCAUUUCAAUCAUUCGACUCAGUUUCACAGGAUAUCCCCGUACAGCCGGUCACGCUGCACCCGAUAGCAAUCGUCCCCGAGGUCAGCCUCAUCGUCCAGGAGGUGCCGAUCAUUCAACCGCCGCCUUUGAUAUUCUCCACCGCCGCCGCCAACAACAACGACUUCAUCAGCAGCACCGUCACCGUCACACCAGCAUCAACGCCUACUCCAACCGUACCCCUGACAUUCAUCAAUCUGACGGAAGAGUCUUCCCUGGAACCGCCGCCGCAAAACCUUCCAACGCCGAUGCAAACCGACAGUGCUCCAACCAGUGAUGCCCCGGACGAGCACGAAGAACCAACACCGCCACCAGCACCCCGAACGAAACGGUACCAGUGUGAAGCAUGUCCCUAUGUGACCAACAGCAGAACCCAGUUUGCCUAUCACAAAUCGUUCCACAAACCACGUGGCGAUCCAUACAAAUGCAAUAUUUGCUCUUACAACGUUACCAAGAAACAUCUGUUAAUUCAGCACCAAAAAACGCAUUCAGAUAAAAAUGUGUCUACGGUAGCCACCACCAGUGCUAUCAAUUCAGUGGGUAAUGGUGAACUCUCGCUCGUGAUGGGGAACAAAACAAAGUCCAGUGGGCUAACUCCAGCAGAAAUUCUAGAUCUCACGAACUUGAUGAGAGCCGAAGUUAGUAUAACACCUACCCGCAACAGAACCAACGACAGGAAGAAGCUAGAUACAAAGAGAAAGACUGUCUUCUACUGUACCAAUUGUCCAGCGCGAUACUUGGACGAAAGUGAGAUUGUGAUACAUCAGAACAGACAUACGCUAAAAGAAAAGUAUCAAUGCGAUCUUUGCUCAUUCUCCACAUGCGACGAGUCCACCAUAUCAACCCACAGGAACGUCCAUUCAAUGAACUACGACAAUGGAACUGCGGAACUGCGAAAGCUUCACAGCGAAAGCGAUCGCCAUCCACAACCCAAUAUGAUCCAAGUAGGCGAACAAGAAAAGGCAUGGGUCGUCGAAAAAGACUACAACGCAAUCAAAUCUACGCCUGCUGCGGAAACAGAACCAAUAAAAACUCGUCCCCGUAGAUCAACCCGAGCAAAAAAGAGUACGACCAGUGAACCGCCCGUAACCGAAAUCACCAAGGAACCUAAAAAGUAUAGUUGUGAACACUGCGAUUACACCGAUCGCUCCGAGAAUUCCUUCAAAGAACACAUGCAAAAACAUUUCGCCGACAUACUGUUUCCAAAAGCGAAAAAGUUCAUGAAACUAUGCGAACCGGGUGAAUCAUUAAAAUUGAUUGCUACCGCCGGUAACAAUCCAGAAGACACAUUUGAGCUGACUUAUGAUACGGACGAUUCCGUGCCCAGUGAUGACAGUACCGAUAAGAUAAUCAUUGAAAUCUAGACAAGAUAACGCAAUACUUGAAUGCACUUUUGUACAAUUUUUUCUGACAUUUUCCAGCACACCAGUAUAGGAACAACAUAAAAACACACACACACAUCUUCGAAAGUGAAAGAAUUGACCAGUGCACAGACGACACCUGACCUAGCCUUAAGAUAUCUUAGCGAUAGUUUCCAUAAUAAGUCAAAGAGUGAAGGUUCUUCGUAGUUUGCCAUUCAACCAAAAUUGGAACAAUGAGAAAAUCUCAAACAAGUACAAAUUGCAAAAAAAUUACUUUUUAAAUUGUUAGAUAUUUAAGCUGUCUAGGCAACCCAACAAACAGUUCAUUUGCUUCCCAACGAUCGCACGUCUCCACGUGCAUUUUACCUUAAGUUACACCAACACAAGUUAGACACAGACAAUGGGCUUUAAAGGGUGAAUUGUAAUGAUUUUAAUGUGUAUAGUUUCUAGGCCUACCUUGAUUGAAUAGCUUUUAGUGUUAGCUCUUCCUGCACGCACUCGCAGUUAAAGUAGAUCGCUUUAGCAAAACGCAUACGAUGCGCUUCGAUAGAUGGCUUGAGAAGAAUGAUGAUGAUUAGUAUUAUUGGGUUAGUAGCGUUUGUUAGUGCCGUAUUAGGAAGGAAAAUCGCGACAAAUUCCAUUCUAUUACCAGUAACUGUUAGGACCAUACAAUCGGAGCCAAAGUGUAUAAUCAAUCAAAAUUAUUUAACUAUUUAGAAGCUCUAGAAUAGGAGGAACUUUUCGUGUCAUAUUUUGAAAGAAAAAUAUUAAAGAAAGGCAGUACACUUUCAUUGUCAGUUGUAAUGUAUGUGUAAAUAUAAAAUUAGAUGUAUCAUUUGUUGUUGAAUUUGAUUUAUAGGAAUAUGGCGUUUAAUAAAGAACAUGGUUAUUUAUAUAA